AUGGGUGACUAUCGAACAAACAUUCUACAAUACGGGCACUUGGGCACUGCAACUUAUCUACCUGAUCUACAAGUAUGGGAAUUUUCGCGCAAGAUCGAUAGAGUGCCUUCACUCGUCCUUUACGGCCAUGUCAAUUGUGCCUUUGCUGGUACAGAGCCGUCCGGCGCUUGGAGUCUGAUCCACAAUAGCAGCGGGUUGUUAACCAACAAAGACGAGGAUGACUUGUUGAAAAUUAGGCCGGAACUGGCUCCGGCAUUGGACCUUUUCCGUCGACAUGAAGCAUCAUCUCGUGCUAUCACUGCUGCUGUGACCAAGUUCGACCCUCAAGUUUCCAACCUCCUAGCAGUCGGAAAUGCGAUCAACUUUGACCGCCGUGGCGGCUACGAUUCCACGGUUCCAAUAGCAGCUCUCAUCAGUAGUGAUUCAACUGUGUCCAUUCAGCUUGUGGAAUUGGAAGAUGAGGAAAUCGCGUGGCCCCCAGAUAGUGAUCGCCUGGCUAAAAUCCCUUCUUUCCAGACCCGUGGGAGGGGGCGGUGGAUGGGGACUGCUGGCCCUGUACAGCAAAUAUGCUUUGCGGAAACUGUGGAUGAAAAAAGUACAUGGUUGGCUGUGCGGUUUAUACAGUCCACGAUUGUAUUUCGUCCCCAACGGAACAAGCUUUCGCUUUCUGCCCAUUAUGAUGAUAUGGAUUUCAUGCGUGAAAAUCUGGCGGAUACCCGUUUGGAUGCUAAUCCGAUCCUUAGCAUCUCCGUUUCCGCAACUGGCGGUGUCCCACACGCUGGUAUUACGUUCAACCCUUGGUAUCAACAACAGAUAGCGAUUGUCGAUCGCUUAGGAAAUUGGGCGGUUUGGGAUAUUGGAAAGCAGCGCCAUAGUACAUAUUGGUGUGCAGACCGCGGUCAAUCGGGCAGGCUGUACCCAGAGGAAACUCCACAUUCUGAUGAAUUUUUCCAACGAGAUCAUUAUGAUGGAUGGGCUGCUAUUUUGUGGGUGGGAAAUGUCCAUAAGUUGUUGGUUUGCGACAGACGGAAUAUUGCCUUGUAUCGAAUAGACACUGAUCCCGUGCAGCGCCAUACGAUUGACGUUGAUAUUCAGCGGGAGUCUGAGUGGAUUUUGGACAUUAAAAGGAGCCAGUCCAACCUCUCGAAUAUAUUUGUUCUUACAACAACGCAGCCAAUCCUAGACUCCAGCAUCGCCGAUCCCACAAAUGACGGCAAAGUCCUUAAUCUCGUCAAAUUUAUCGGUCAGCGCUCCAACUUGGAAGUCAUUGAGGCUUUAUAUGUCGCGAGGGCGGAUGGUGGGGACGAAACUUACGAGCCAUUUAGUUCCACUCCACCACUGUUGAAAACCGAGAAGAGUGCAAAACGUGUUGUUGAUGAUGAUGAUGAUGAUUUCAUAGUGGAUGAUAUGAAUGAAGUAGUCCUGCCACUAUCCGCUGGGCGGAGGAAUUGGAAUGCAAAUAUUGAAAAUACCUGGGGGCAACCAAUACGUGCAUUUCCAUAUGUUGAGAACUGGGUUGAUAUCUAUGGGUUGGCUUCUGCGGCUGUUACUGAGCAAAUAGGAAGCAGAGGGAAGUCAACUAUUUCCGACAGGAAAACCCAAACGUUCUACCAUUGGCUGGAUGAUCUGAAUAGCAACUUUGGGGAAUUGGUUCUGGGCGAUUCACCACUAUCAUCAAACUGCAGGACAAUGCUUGAUAUUGUCCCGGCCCCUCCGUUUUUGGAUGACAUUGAUCGAAAUACUAGCGAUUUUGACCAAUUUUUGGCACGACUAGCGGAUCCUAUGCAAAAUAUGCUACCCACUGGAUACGAAAUCACUCAUAUACCUAUAUCAUAUUCCCCAUCCUCAAAUGUAGCAAUACCUGAUCAUGUUUCCAGCCGCACAACACCCGCAAACAUCACUAGUCUCUACGACUCCCUUGUCCGCGACUGGCUCUUCCCGCUCCCAGGUGACUUCCCAAAUAAGAUCCGAAUGGCCAAAGAAAAGAUCAUACGAAACAUCGUUAUGCAAUUGGUACUCUCAAGAAUGGUUCUAAUUAGACGUUUGAGUUCCGAAAUCGACGACCCUAAAUCUGGCCGCAAUCCCGAGACCGCAGAAGGAGACCUUUCCCGUUUCCAUCUACACUCCUCGAUCCUAUGGUCCAACCAGGAACCAAUUAUACAUUCACAAAACCCCACAAUCACCAUCACUCCAUCUGCCGGACAAACCGAACUGGACACAGCGAGUUUCUUCCUACCAUCUUCGCAACCCACGGCCACAUCCACAGCCACAACCACGACACCAUACGCAACCCUUCGUCUCUACACCUCCCUUAAACAACCCAACCAACCUCACAUCCCCCGCCGCAUCGCGGAAAUUCUCUCGCAUUGGAAACCCGGCACAGACCCAUCGGCCUACAACUGGCAAGCCGCUGUCCGCACACUUCAUGACGAAAAGCAACUACAGACCGAAAACCAAGCAGCCAGCCGGCGACGGAGGAGGCAUGAGGCAAGGAAAUUGCGGAGGCAUCAACAGCAACUAUCACAACAGCCAUAUCUACAGUCUCUGUCUGUCUCCACCCCUUCCGUUCCUACCCCUUCGGCGUCGCAGGUUCCCGUUCCGCGGAUGGGGCAUAGCCAGCAACAGCAGCCGCAGUCCAGCCGGGUAAAGGGGCAAGGGUCGUUUUUGGGAACGGGAACGGGUACUAGUGCCGUCCCACAGAUGAUGGUGCAGAGCAGCCAAGUUACGGAGGAAGGGGAUGUGCCGAUGACGCAAGUUGAGAGGGGACUGUUUGGCGGCAGGAAUGCGGCUAGUAAGAAGGCUGUGAAGGAGAGGAAGAAGAAGAGAGCGGCAGGGUUUUAA